CGAACUUAUGCCCUGGAUCGAGGCGUGGGGCACAGCGACGCUAUCUAUCGCGCUGUAUCGGCGCCGAUCGCAGGACGAUGCGCUCUGCGCCGCCGACUUUGUCUACCCAGACGAGCACAUCGUGCUGGCGCUGCGCGUCGAGCCGACGACGGACGAUUGCCCGCUGCUGUCGCUGGACCAAUGGCACACACACAAAGCCAGCGUCGUGUCAACCUUGAGCAUCGUCGACUCUGCUUCGCAGGCGACGCUCUAUGAGACAAUGUGUGACUUUGCGCCAUCGCCCGACUCGGAUGCGCUCGUGCUCCACGCGCCGGUGGCCUUGCACGCGCCAUGGACCGCGGCGGCGAGCCUGCGCCUCAGCAUCCAGCUGCACCAAAGCAUCGGGCACUUUCGCCGCAUCGAGACGCAGCGCGUCAAGAAACUCGAGUCACUGCUCGUCGGCGGCGCGCUGCCGCAAUACAUGUUUUGGCCCGAGACGCUGCCAUCGUCGCACUUGUCGCGGCAGGUGACGACAGCUAUCGCCCUCGGACGCAGCGUCGGCUUCUCGCACGCAAUCCACGCCGUCGGUGCCAAGCACUGCGUCGUCUUGCGCUUCGAGCAUUCCGCGAGUGCGCCUUGCGACCUCGUACUCCACGACGUGCGCCUUCACGCGGAUACGAGCGCAUACAUCAUGGACGAAAACGAUGUGCACGCGUUCCCCGUCGUCUUGCACCCGGGCGAGCACUGGCACGCCGUCGUCCACCUUGGCUUCCGGCUCGAGGCAAGUGCGUCGCAGCCUACGACUGGCGCGCGGGUCACGUACACGUGGUCGACCUUUGACGAGAUGGCACCUCUGACCCAAUCGGCUGGUAUUGAGCUGCCUUCUCUGCCAGAGCCGCCGGCGCUGGCGCUGCGCCAGCAAUGGCUGGGUGUCGAGGUGGGUGCGCGUUUGGUUGCCGCCCCCAUGCGCGCGGGGCAGGCAUCGCAGGUCGCCCUGUACGUCACCAACCAAUCCGCCGCCGAGAUGGAGCUCAGUCUCCUCGUGCUGUCGCCGGCGUACGCAGCCCUCGACGCGGCACCGCUGCACGGUGACGCCAAGUACCUUGCGUUGGCGUCGCAGGCAUGCAGCGCGCCGCCCGCGUGGGCCUCAUCGAACGCUACGCUACGCAUCGGAAUGCUUGCGCCAGGCGCGACGACCAAGACGACGCUGGACGCGAUGGUUGCUGACGCUGGUGCCGUCACCGUUGACAACCUCGUGCUCAUCGACCACGCAACGCAGACGCUGUACCGUCCGUGGACCCCGUGGACGCUCGUUGCGAGCUAA